GUGUUAUUUUUACAAAAAAAAUGGAGAGUAUAUCAAAAUGGAAAAGCCCUAUACACAACAACAUUGUUAAAAUUACUACUAAGCUAACAGAGGUUGCUAAACGAUGUGUCGUAACAAGGGCAAAUGCAACUAUGUUCCAAAUUUAGAUGAAUCAAGGAGGUGGUUUCACUGUCAAUUUAGAGGGGAAAAUAUGCACGUGUAGGAGAUUCCAGUUGACAGGCAUCCCAUGUGGACAUGCCUUAGCUGCAAUAUGGUUUUGCAACCAUCAAUCUCAUGCUUAUGUUCACCUUUGUUACAAGAUAGAGGCUUUCAAGAAGUGUUAUGAACAUACAGUUUACCCUGUCCCAAGCCCUGAUAAGUGGCCCAAAACAGGUCAAAAUCCAAUCCUUCCUCCAGAUGCAAACAUUUUGCCAGGCAAACCAAAGAAAAAUCGAAGAAGAGAUGUUGAUGAGCCACCCCUCCAAAUUGCACAAAGACAAGGAGAACUGGUGCAACUAUGCAUUGUAGCAAAUGCAAGAAACCUGGACACAGUAAGAGGACUUGCAAGAAUGAGGCAGCACCUACUCCUACUCCUGCUCCAACUCAGGGCCAAAAGAAUAAGGGGGGCAAGCCACCAAUCCAAAAUCCAAACAAGUUAACAUUAAAAAGAAGGAAAAGAAGGGAAAAAGAAAACGUUAGGAAGGCUAGGCAAGCUGCAGAAGGUGGUGGAGCUGGGUCAGCUGAGGCUGGAGGGUCUAAUACAUAGGAUGGAGCAUUGUUUUGUUGUAGCAUCUUGUGCACAAACUGUUGUAUUUUGAAUUAGUGCACGUGAUGCUUACUUUUAACACAAACACUUUAGUGUUUAGGGCUUUUAAUUUUAGUUUUUUAAACUGUUAUUGCUGCA